AGUGGGCAUUAGCUGCGAACACAAAAUAAAAAACUGUCACUAAGUUAUAAAUUUUAGUUUACCAUUGUUUAUAAAUGGCGACCUGAGUUAUGCGCUACGGCUACAGUUUUUUUCUAAUUUAGAUUUCAGAAUUUUACUUUCAGGAUCAGGUGUUAUUUAAUUUUUUGGGGGAGUAAAAUGGCAUCACAGUCAAGAAUCAAUGCAUACAUGGAAAGGCAUAAAAUAUCUUCCCUUUUUGAGGUAGGGCUAAAUAUUAUUAUUAACUUAAAAUAAAAUAUUUUAAGUUUUAGAACUCUGGCCUGCUGGGUCAGCAGUGGGGCUGGAAACAGGAAAAGGAGACAAAGGAAUGGGCCUAAUAAAAAUAAUUUGGCAUUAGAAUGAAAAUUAAAAUAACUAAGCAGGCUAAUAAAUUAUAAAUAUUAUUAUUAAAUAACUACCUUAGAAAUUAGUCAUAAAAAAAAACAGACGACCACAGUAAAAACUGAGAGUAAUCUGAAUCUGAAGUUAAUACAAAUUGCUUGCCUGCAUUUUUCAGUCUCUAUGAGUCUAUGAUUUCAAAAAUAAGUAGGUUUAUGACUUUUUAUAUUGAGUUUAUAUAAGGUUCUCAUAUGAAAAAUAAAAUUAAAUUCACUAUCCUCAGUAUAAUUUAAGUCAAUAUUAAGUAAGCCACAGAUAAUGAUUAAUUUUCCAAUGACAAUGAUUCAUUCAUUUUCCAUAUUGAUUCACUGUGCCACAGCCCGAGGUAGUGAUUCACUGUGCCCCAGUAACAGUGAAUCCCUUAUCUGCACACUUUGAAACGCUUUGUCAUUCAUGGCAAUCGGACAAUAUUUAAAUUUUGUGUCAAAGUACCUACUCUGUGAGCAAGUAUAUUAUAUUUAGCCACAUUUUAAGGAUUCCUAUCCAAGUCCAUGAUGUAAUGCAAUCAAUAUGCACAUACAACAUUAAAAUAUCAGUGAAAACUUUUUGAAUAUUAAAUAAAAAAAAGAUUUCUGAUCCACUGACACUGUGCCCCAACUCCCCCAAUGCACUGCAUAUUCAUAUGCAGCAUGCAUAUGAUUAUGUAAAUUUAAUUUUUUUGAAUGUAAUUAAUAAUGUAAGGUGAUCUAUUCAAUAGUAAAUGUAACUGAAUGAAUUAAUAAAUUAUGGACUACCUGAAAUUUAAAAAUGUAUGCUGCAUAAGAUUCAUAAAUUAAAAAAAGUCUUAAAAUUAAAGUCUAAAGUGUCACUAAGUCUAAGUCAAGUGUGAUUCUUUGUCACCCAAUCUUCUUUUUCUUGAUUAAAAUAUUAAGUAUGAAAUAAAGACUUUUAGUUUAAAGUCAUGAUAAAUGUUUAAUAUGUAAAAAUAAAAUUAAAUAACUCAAAUUCAUUUAGAAGAGGCUCAAUAGGUAGAACCUGCAGAAAUUUGCCUUGACUUGGAUAUAGCUUAGAAAUUCACUUCUGAAGUCAUUCAAAAGUCACAGCAUGGCAUACUCCGGGCAACUAGAAAUAACCAUGAUACAGGAUACAGUAACUGCAUUAACAAUGUCCAUGGUGUAUUAAAAAUAAUCUUGUAGUGUAGGGACAUGUAGCCAGAAAAAAGAAAAAAAGUUACUACAGACUUCAAACAAUGGUCUCAAAAUAUAGAAAAUCUUCAGCACAUUUCAUAUGUCACCCUGGAGUAUGCAGGAUGACUUGCCCUAGAUCAAGAGCCUUUCAUGCUGGCUGUAAGAAUUUUUUGUAGUAUAAAUGCCAUGUAGAAGAAGAGAGGAUAUUUUAUAAACUAUAUUAUAUUAUAGUCAUUCAAUAUUGUUAUAUGUUAUUUGAUUGAUUUGACUCCCAUUUUUUAUUAAAUUUAAGGAUUUGAUGAAUAAGAUUUUACGAGAUAUGCCUGAAGAACCUAUGAUCUAUUUGCUAAGGGCUAUGUACAAAAAGGCUGGAAUGGAAAUCCCUCAGGUUAGAUGCCAACACAUGUAAAAAAAAUAAUAAUAAACAUCUCAUAAUUUUUGUUUAAAAGUGGAUAAAAUAAUAAAUGCAGUUAAUUUUAUUAAAAAAUGUUUUCAUUAGUUCUUGCAUAAAUAGUGUGGUUUUAAUUAAUUUAUUGGUUUAAAUAAUUUUGCUUUAACUUAUGUUAUAGAUGAUUCGUUAUGGAGGACUUCGUAAAAGUACAUCUGAACUAAACAGGGCAGUUAGCCCUGAGAGGGCUUCAAAAUCUGCUCAAAUCCCCAGCAGUGCAGGUUAGUUGGUAUUGCAGGUUAAUUGGUGUAGCAGGUUAGUUGGCAUUUGUUAUGGAAACUAUAUAGCAUUGUAAUUUUUUGCAAGCACUUUAAUUAAUCACAUGAGAUUAAAUUUUGUUUAAUUAUGGAAUAGAAAAUGUAGACUUUAAAGACAGAACAUAUAUUUGGGACAUGUAUUUUUUUUUAGUCAACUAUGCAUAAUUCAUUAAUUGAUUAAAAUUUUUUAAAACUUUCAUAGAUCCCUAAAAUAGGCAUAACAUUAUAAAGUUAAGCUGUCAAAAUAACCCUCCAUAUGAAUUUUAUUUUAUACAAGUAUUAGCUUUUUAAUUAAAAACAAAAAAUAACUCUCUAAUUUGUGUAUGUUUUAAGCUUUAAAAAAAGUUAAGUUUAAUAUCUAUCAUUUUACUUCCCUGUCCUUAAUUGUUAUCAAACUUUAAACCCUUACUUUUUUUUUUUUUAAAAAGAUGUAGAUGCUUCUAGAGAUUAUGAACGUCCCUGGGCUACCUCCCCCACAAGACGUACAAAACCAAAGAAAUCAGAAGAGCCCUCUGGUGAUAUUUGAAAUUAAAACAAGUUUUUUAAAAAUCUCUCAACAUUAAUAUCAUUAAAUGUUCUAUUGCAUUAUCAGAACCUCUAGCAUGUGAACAAUUUAUCCUAACACUAACAUCAGAUUAUGCAAUUAAAAAACAAGAAAUGGACACAAAUUUAUCUUUCUAUUCUUGUAAUAUGUUUUCAGUGACUAGGAAGAAACCCGACUGGAACUCAGAUAAGAAGACCAAGUCCUCAACUUUUGAUGAGUUAUUCGAAAACAGUGAUGGAGCAAAGAAAGAAAAAGAUGUGACUUCAUCAGCAAUCAGGAAAUCAACUACAAAACAAAAGGGUGGAUGGGUAACUGCAAGUCAGGGAGUCAAAGCUGUCAAUGCCUGGGCAUCUUUGGGCAUGGUAGGUAUUAAGACCAUGAAUUUUAGACAACAUUUGGGAAUGCUGAACUGUAUACUAUCGAGUGAUAUGACUUCUUAAAGAAAUGUUAGUAAUUAAAUUUUUUUUUUUCUAUUUACAGUUUUCACAAAUCUUAUAUGCAUAAGGUGUAAGGUUUAAAUACCAGAUGACAUAUCUGAUAUUGUAUUACAUAUUAUGAAUGACACAGGAUGAUGGAGACAUUUACAGUAGCCCAGCCAACAAAAGCACAGUAAGAAAUACAGAGAAUGCAGUCCUGUCGGAGAAAGAACUUUUAGCUUCUGAAUGCCUUAAACCUUCGACGAGGUCAGAGGUCAGUGCUGCACCUCCAAAUGUAAACUCCUCAAAGUAAGCUCACAGCUGUGCAAAAUUAAUAAAAAAACAUAUAUAUAUUUUAAUUUUUUUUUAAUCAAGAUCAUUUUAAGGAAUAUUUAACACAUUAUCUGCAUCAAGUUAGAUUACAGAUGUUCUAGAUCAGUGGUUCCCUAAGUCAUGGAUUCUUUACAGAGGUGCUGCAAAACAUCACAACAUUUUCUGAAUUUUCUUUCCAUUUCAAUUCAAUGUAUGAUAGGACGCAGCCUCUAGCAGGCUUAGUGCAAACCAGUAGUAAUUUAGUAAUUACCGUUUUCAGAACCUUCUACUUAUGGUUAAUAGAUGGUGCUUUGUGAUUUUAAAUACGUGUUUAUUCUAUAUAACCACCCCUUUUUAUUAAAUAUAAAUGUUUAAUUCUUGUUAUGUAGCACACAUUCCCUGUGCGUGAACUUUCUUUGACCCCGCAUUAGACUACUAGCAGACGGUAACGUUUGUUGUGGGCGUGGUUAAAUCUCUUUGAUGCAUCUUGUUUACAACCGUGUUUACCAAUUAAACAUGGUUAGACUGUCUCCUAGUAUCUUGUUGAAUGUUCUCGAUAACCCGAGAAAUGUAAACAACACGUCAUAAGUCUUUUCUGGAAGCGUCUUACGCAACAUGUAUAUAAGGGAAUGACAGAUAUGGAGAGAUGGAGAUUCAGAUAGAUAGUUUUAACUUCACGAGACGUGUAUUAUUUUUUGUGUAUUUAUAUGUGUUUAUUCGCAUUCUUCAUUCAUCAAUAUUCAUUGGCACAUUGUACUAACUGUGUUAACUGCACUGGUACAAGAUCUACCAUACUGUAAGUUGAUGAUUGUCAUUAUAUUUUCUUUCUUUUGUAAUUAUAUUAAGACUUAAAUAAAUCAUAUUAAUUGUAACUAGCAACUGUUUUGGGUGUCGUAUCUUUACUAUUGUUGACUCUAUGGUAUCGUCAUUUGUUAGGCACUGUUUACAACAAGCCAAUAAAAUUAAAAUAGGAGAUUAAUUUCUCACAAGAGAAGCCAGUGCAUAACAAUUCUGCAGUAACUGCGUCUACUAGAUAGAAUUUGACAUUUGGCACCUUAGGAAAAUUAGGAUUAGAAAUGGUGUCGAGAAGGGAAAUGAGCUUUUGAACCACUGCUAUACACAAUCAAUCUCUUCAUAAUUUAAAUUAUUGUAAGAGAUGUUAAUUUAUAGAAGUUUUAAAGUAUUUAACUGCUCUCUAAAAAUUUAAUUUUCAGACGUAUAAGUUCCAGCAGGAAAAUGGAAGCUAUGAAACACAAGGAAGAGUAUGCCCAGAUGUUGUCUGAAAUCGACAAAAAAUCUGAUGACUCUGGUCUUGGACUUGACUUGAGACAGCUCAGUGAUGAUGAUGAUGCAAUAGAGCUCCUGGGUUGGUAUUUGAUUUCUGUUUGCAGGAUUAUAAAGUACAUAAAAGUAUUUUAAAAAAGAAAACGGUGUAUAAGCAGGUACAGCCAGCUUGCACAAACUAUGUUAAAAUCAUUUGGUUUUGAGUUAUAUCAGGUUACACUGUUGUUUCCAUUUUAAAGACAGUACUGGAAAAGAGCAUACAAGAUUUAACUGAAAUUCUUUGUACACCUUUUCUGCUGUAAUGGCACAAGCUGAAAGAAAACUUUCUCUUCCCCAUGCAAAGACUUUUGUUAAUCCACACUUUUUUUUUAAAGACUGCACUGAAAAAUGGUAUACAAGAGUUAACCAAAAUUCUCUGUAUAUCUUUGCUGCCAUCAGGGCACAAGCUGACAGAUGACUUUCUUUUCCCCAAGGAAAGACUGUUGUUAAUCAACAAUUUUUUUAAAAAGCAUUUUCUCUUAUAAAAUAGUUUUAUUCCAGGGAUGUAGGUUUAUGUUUAAUACCAUAACAUUCAAAUAAAUGUUUUCCUUAGAAAAUGCUGACGAUUUGAUCAGAGAAGGAGUAAAGAAUGUUCCAGAAACUGGAUUCAAGCUUAGCAGGGUGAGCAGAAUAUUAUAAAAUGUCUUUAGUACAAAUAGUUCUUUUCAUCGCAGCGCACAAAUUAUUUUUUGGAGGGAAGAAUUGGUCUUUUAAAAUGGUUUAAUUUGUAACAGUUGAAAACCAUUGAUGCAGCUGUGAUGAACUGACAAGAGUGUGCAUAAAAUAUUCCAAUAAAAACAAAGAAGUUAUGAAUGGGGAAUUCUGAUAAUUUUGUGUUAUUGCUUAUAAUUAUACAAUGUAGAAGCAUUUUUGAUUAAAUGGUUUAAAUAUAAUUCCAAAACAGUGUGAAUUUUUAAUGACAGGUUUACAAUUUAAAUUUGGAAAAUGUUAGUCAUACAUUAAAAAUUAUAAUAAUAUCUCAAUUUCUUUAUUCAUAUAAGCUGACUGAUGUUUCAUUAAAUUUUCUUUCCAUAGAACCUACGAUUCAGGGAAAAUGAACCGAGGGUAAAAGUGAAUAUCAAGUGAGUGGCUUUGUUCAAGUGAUCUAAUCAUCGCUUGCGUAAUAAUUACUCUGUAUCUUUUGUCUUUUAUUUUGGUGCCUGGGAAAUAAGGGGAGAAACUGCAGGUUUAAAGCUACUUUGUUUUGCUCAUUUUAUCUUGGUGCCUGCACCAGAUCAGUCUGAAACUUCACGUCAAAACCUUUUUGUGCUAAUUAGUUUUUAAAAAAUGAAUAGCUGUAGAAUUUUUUUUUAUCUUGUUCAAUAAAAUAUGUUUAAAAAAAUCUGUUAUUAGAGCAUAUGCCAUGCCAAGUGGUGAGUAUUUGGUGAGCUAAAAUUAGGAAAUUAUUAACAUUUUUAAUCAAUUUAAUGUGUGAGUUCUAAAAAUGAUAUUCUUUCAAGGUAAAGUUACUGUUGCUUUUAUUCUGAGUUCAGGAAAUAAUAAUGAAUAAGAAUUCCCUUACAUUUUUUGAUUCCCUUUCAUAAUUUUCUAAAAGCACUGUUUCCAUAUAUAAAAGUAUUAAUUUUUAGUCUUAAAGUAAUGUUUUAUCAUUUUAAUUAAUUUAAAGAUUUUGCUUUACAAAAUACUAUUUCUACCUGCACAGAUUUCUAAAACUUAUUUAUAUCCCUAUUUAAGGUUUUUCUUAUGUUUUCAGUAGAUAUUAUAUUUUUUUAAAAUUUCAAGCGUAAAAUUUUGUUUUAAAAAAAAAGAAAGAAUGGUAAUACUAUUUGUUUUCAUUACAAUGCAAAAUUAAAUUAUUCAUUAUUCAAGAUAAUAGUCAUAAUGCUAGAGAUUUUAACUAUAAUUGGACAGGCAGUAAGGAAUAUAUUUCACAAAACUUCUUUUAAGUUUAUUACUUGAAUAUAAAGGAGUGAAUCACUAAAUCUUGAAAUCAAAGCAAAAAAACAUCAGACCUUGACAUUAAUAAUUACACAUCUUGUCCCUUAAGCUGGACUUGGAAGAAUAUUUUUUCAAUAAAUAAAUAAUGUGUUAAUCAGAUAAUACUAGAGCUGUAUACUUAGGUCACCUAUUAGUACCAUUGAUAAUAUUCAAAUUCUGCCUGUCUUAUGUCAGCUGUUAACUAUUAAAUCUUUUGUUAGAUUUAGAUAAUUUUUGUGUGUCUUUCUUAGUUUGUGCACAUUUUGCUUUCAAGUACCAUCUAAAAAAAAAACAAAAGCUGAAAAGAAAAUUUCAUUUUGUACACACAUGAACAAUUAACUAUAGCCAUAAUAAUUUAAAGGUAUUUCACCUACCAUUUCAGCGUGAAUCCGCUGUUAUAUUCUGAGAGAUCUUGGCAAGGUAAAAUAAAAUUGGAAACAUUAUAUUCAUUCCAUAUCUAAAAUAAAAUUUCAAAUAAAAAAGUCAUUUAAAUAUUGAAUUCUAGAAAGAAAAAAAAACCUAAAUAUGAGGUACAAUUAUUUUUUAUUGUUUUAAUAACUUUUGUUAUAGUUUUAGUGGUUCUUGAAUUAUCAUUUAAAAAAUGCUUUCCUUUUUUUUCCCUUAACUAAUAUCUCUUGUUGAUUUAGAAAAUAAUUAGAAAAAGUAUUUGUAAUAUUAAAAUCUGCCCCGUUUUGGUUUCUGGUCACAUUACUAAUAUUUUAAAACUUAAUUCACCAAAGCAUUUCCUAGCAACUAAAAGUUUUUAAAAAUUUUAAUUUUAUCAUUUUGAUAGAUCAAUAUUUAUUUCUGCUUACAGUCUGUAUUGAUUCAUGCUCCAAAGUGUAACUAAACUAUUUUCAUUUAUGUUGAGAUUUGUAUUCUUAAUUUAUAACUCAAGAAAAAUAAAAUGUUAUGUAACACGGAAAAAAGUAGAAUAAACAAAAUUGAAUUAAAAUUGAAUAUUUAAAACUGUAUAAAGUUUUUUGUACUUAAUAUAAUAAUAUGAAAUAUAAUGAUAUUAUAGGUGCAUAAUAUUAAAAAUUAAAUAUUAACUUAAUUAUAUACAUAUUAUAUUCAAAAUGAACUUUAAUAGUUAGUCUAUUAUAAAUAUUAUUUGAUCAAUGAUCACAUAGUUCAUGAUACAUUUUUUACUUGUUGUCCUUGCAGAAAGUGUCGAGCCCUUUGAUUCUUUUGAAUCGGGAAAAUCCUCACCAGGUGAGCAGCUCUCAAACUUCACAUUAUUGUUUGUUCUCUUUCUUAAUUAGAGCCAUGAGCAGGGCUUUUAAAAUGGCUAUGACAAUUGGUACCCGGGUACCAGAAGUGAGAGGUUGGGAUUAAAAAACUAUUAAAAUAUUAUUGUUGCGUUUGUAAGACAAAAUGAGGUAUCAAAUGAACAAUAAUUGAACUUCUUCAGUUUAACUAAAAUAAACUACCAAAAAUGAGAUCCGAAUAGCUUGAGUCUAAUGGUACCUGGGUGCAAAUGGUGGCGCUGUGCGUCUGGGUCCAUUUUUGACUCAUUGCUAUUCAGAUGUAUUUGUGGUAGUUUAUUUUAGUUAAACUGAAGAAUUAAGUUUACAAACAUAUAAUCCAUUCAAUUAUCUUUCAUUUGAUACCUCAUUUUGUCUUACAAGCCCAACAAUAAAAUUUUAAAUAGUAUUUUAAUUCCAACCUCUCACUUCUGGUACCCGGGUACCAAUAGCCACUUCAUUUUAAAAUCCUUGUCCAUUUUACAUCAUGACUGCAAACUUUCAAUGCAUAUACAGCUUUGUCAAUUUUAUCAUUUUUUAAAAAAAAUCAACAGAACUGAAGGGAUCAGAUGAAGAUGAGUUUGAAAGCGUGUCUCAAGUCACUGGGCCGGUAGGUCUGAUAGUGAUGUGCCAAGUUUGUUUGUUACUCUGAAAGUAAAGGUAGAUAACUGUAAUAAGUUAAGUAGCAUCCAGUGGUAAUUAUGUCUACUCAUCUCCCCUUGGUUACCACCAACCGUGCUGAGCAGGGUUGCCAACCUAAUAAAAAUUUUUUUUUUUUUUGGUGGCAAAUAUCCUAAAUCUCAACAUUUGUUCAGGACAAACAAAAUGUUUAUACAGAGACAUUUUAAAACAUGAACUUUUUGAAACUAUGAAACUUAAAAAAAACAAUUUAAAAAAUCCCUAUGUCUAUCUUUCUAUCGCUCCAUGUCAUAUAUGUUUUAUGACUAAUGGCUCUAUGCUUUUUGACCUUUAGAGAUGAGCUUACUUUUUUGUUUUUUUAUUUAUUGUUUGGCAAUCUCACCAGCGUUUCUAUUCAUUAUGAGUAUAUAUCCAGUAUAGAGCAAGCAAGGAGAAAUCCUAAAAAAUUGAGAUCUCCUGGUUUAUUUUGCGACAAAAAAUGUUUUCUCAGUGUGUCAUUUCUUUAAAAUGGAAAUCCUAGAGUUCUUACUGACAUUUAUGGACAACUCAUUUUAAGUAAAAUAUUUAUGAACUGGCAUAAUUUCAGGGAAGGUUUGGUAAAACCUGAUGGUGUUUUCAGGUUACCAUUUCUGAAUGAUAGUUUGGCUUAUACAUAAUUGAUUUAUUUGUGGUUUUUGUAAUAAUUCCAGAAAAUAAUUUUUACAAAACUAAUGUUUUCCAUUUUUCCAUUUGCACCACACAGAGGCACCCAGUAUGGAAAAUUCCAGAUACAGACAGAGACACGUUAGAAUUAAAACCCGCAUUUUCAAAAGAAGCACCCAAAAAAUCCAUCAUUCAACAAAAGCCAUAUUCAGAAAAGUAGGAGUUAUAGUCUUUUCAUAGAUUGAAAAUCAGCCUUAGAUUUUAUCAUGAUUUAACUUAUGAUUAUUUUAUUUUUAUUUACUGGUAAACUUAGUUUCGGUAUCAACUGAAUCCAUUUAAAAAAAAAAAAAAAAAUUCAAUUUACUGCAGAUCUUUGCAUGCUACCACCCCUGAAAAAUUUAUUGAUCGAUCUGUGGACAGUGCUGAUGAUUUGUCCGCGAGCAAUAAAACCUGGACUGAAGGGGUGAACAAGGUUGCAUUUGAUGUGAGUUAAAAGUUUUACAAGUUUGAACAGAGAGCUCCAUAGUUAUCAUUAACAAUUUAACACAGUUACUCUAAAGUUUAUCACUAUUUAAUUGGGCUAGAUUUUAGAGUUUUCAUAGUUCAACUGCAUUAUUUGUAACAAAUUUUGGCCAGACUGCCAACCUAGAGCCACAGACUCCCAAGUCCAUCACCUCAGACAGUACAGACAGAGGGUGGCUUAUUCCAGAUAGCACUGAUGUGGCAAGUGCACACGACUGGAACCAACGUAAGUUGGGCUUUACUGAUAGUGGAGUUUGUAUCAGUUGUCAAAUAUUUGUUGACAUGCACUGAUUUUCAAAUUUGGCAAGUGAUUUUUAGGCUGAAGUGUCCUUUAUUUUUUUAAGUCCAUUACUAAAAAUGAUAAUUGGAACAUUAAAAAAGUAGAAAAAUUGGUUCUGUUAAAAAUGGUUUUGAAGGACUAGUUAAGUGUCCGGAUGAGAGUUUUGUUGAGGGUCUUGAAAAAAUCACUAGGAAAAUGUCCAAGUUGAAAAUGUUGAAUAGAGUAAGUCACAUUCAUUGUGUGUUUGCCUUUAGUUAAUUGUUUGUUUCAAAAGGAUUUAAAAAAAAAAAAAUUCUUUGUUCUCUUUAACAGGUGUGAAGGGUGGUCCCCCUAGAGAUCCUAGAGGUAAGAUAAGUAUAAUUGUUGCAUGGCUUUAACCAGUAAAAAAAUUAUGUAUGUGAAGAAUUAAAGAAAUUAUGUUGAUUUUUAAAUGGGACGCUUUUAUAUAUACUAAAAUUGCAACUGUAAUCAAAAAGUUGUUGCCCUCAUAGUUGUUGUUUCAUAAUAAAUGAAAUUAACCUUUUUUAAUUUUAAAUUCCAAUUAAUGUGUUUAUGAAUUGUUUUGUUUUAAUCUGAAUAAAUAAAACUGUUUGAAAGGACAGAAAGAAAAAAGUUUACAUGUGGUUUAUUUUUCAUAUUAUAUCAUUCAAAACUGAAAGACGUUCAACGAUGGGAAAGUUUAAUAGUUAAAAAACAAAAUCAUUGAAAUUUUUUUAAAAUAUUCAAUUAAAUUCAAAGCAAACCAGAAGUUAAGGUUGGACAAAGUAAUUUCACCCUUUUCUGUAAUAAUAUUUGUCAUACCUGCAAAUGUUAAUCUUUUCAGAAAAACAAUAUUUUUUAACAAUUGAAACGUCAUCUUAUUUAAAUUUCAUGCUCUAAUUCUCUGGCACCUUUCUCUGGGACCAUUCUCUUGGACCAUUCUGUGGGAUGAUUCUCUGGCACCAUUCUCUGACAACAUUCUCUGGUACCACUCUCUGGGACCAUUCUCUGGCACCAUUCUCUGGGAUCAUUAUCUAGGACCAAUCUGUGGGAUCAUUCUCUGGGUCCAUUCUCUGGCACCAUUCUCUGGAACCAUUCUCUGGGAUCAAUCUCUGGGUCCAUUUUCUGGGACCAUUCUCCAGGACCAUUCUCUGGGACCAUUCUCUGGGACCAUUCUCUGGGACAAUUCACUGUGAAUAUUAGCUGGAAAUAUUCUCUGAUAAUAUUCUCUGGAGCUGUUCUCUGGGACCAUUCUCUGGAACCAUUCUCGGGGACAAUUCUCUGGGACAAUUCACUGUGAAUAUUAGCUGGGAAUAUUCUCUGAUAAUAUUCUCUGGAGCUAUUCUCUGGGACCAUUAUUUUCUCUGGGUCUAUUCUCUGGGUCUAUUCUCUGGGACAAUUCACUGUGAAUAUUAGCUGGGAAUAUUCUCUGAUAAUAUUCUCUGGAGCUAUUCUCUGGGACCAUUAUUUUCUCUGGGUCUAUUCUCUGGGACAAUUCUCUGGGACUGUUCUCUGGGAAAAUUCUCUGUAACCAUUCUGUAUCCAUCUCAACCAAAAGUAACUUUCAAUUCUAUGACAGUUCAUAACUAUAAACAAUCAGUUUAAAAGAAUAAGAAUAGACAAGAACCUUCUUAAUUCAACCUUACCAUCUACAUAUACACUUUUAUAUAUACACAUUUACUAUUUACAUGUAAAAAUUUAUAUUUACACAAUUACAAUGUACAUAUACACAAUUACAUAUACACAAUUGCAUAUACACAAAUACAUAGUAAAUAUACACAUUUACAUAUACACAAUUACAUUGUACAUAUACACAUUUAUUUAUGUACAUAUAAACAUUUACAUAUACACAUUUACCAUUGACAUAUAUAAAAUUGACCCAUAACAUGACUGAAAUUAAAAAAAAAGUGUUACCUGAAUAUGACAGAUACAUCUAGUGAAUAAAAUCAUUUUCAUAACACAUUACUCACAAUGGCAUAGCUAGGGCUCUUACUUUUUUGGGUUUGUGGGGCGGGAUGGGGGUGAAUUUGGGGUCCAAGUCAAUGUAACAUUAUAACAUACAGCAUAUUUAAAAUUAAGACAAUCAUUGCCUUCAGAUUGUGAAUAACCAAUAUGUUUCUGUUAUUUCUAUUUCAGUAUACUGAUUGACCUGUUAUGGCAGUGGACUCUCUCAUACAUUCCCUCCAAUUUAUAUUUAUCCCUAGUUGUAACAUAUUUGUUUAUUUAUGUAAAAUAUAUUUAUUGGCAGCUCAAUAUUUUAGCCAUCUUGUUUGUAUCCAGUGAUGGAUUUAUUGGAGGAUAAAUAAAUCUCCCCCAUCGUUGUCCACUGUCAUUGUUUUGUGCACAGCAUUCUGUUUAUAUAUCGUAUCAACUGUGUUGUAACUUCAGUUUUGUUAUUAGAGCUAAUGAGAAUAACUGUCUCAUGCUUAUUAUUUACAUUACUCAUAAUUAUUCUUAAAUAACCACUGUAGUGUCUAAAAAAAUAAAUCUGAU